AUGGUUCGCAUGGGAUUCGUGGCAUUGCUCGUUCUCGUCGCUAUACUCACUUAUGCUUCCGGUCAUGAACCUGCACAUGCAAAAUACGGACGAGAGAUAAACGAAAGGGCAGCACGAGGCGAGGAUACAGUAUAUCAUGGUCAUUCCCAUGAGCAUGCGCACACUCAUUCCCAUGGAGAAGAUUCACAUGGACAUGCUCAUUAUGAAGAAGAGCACGUACAUGGUCAUGACCAUUAUGACCAUGGUCAUGCUCAUGACCAUCACGAUCAUGGACAUGCUCAUGACCAUCACGAUCAUGGACAUGCGCAUGAUCAUCACGACCAUGGACAUACUCAUGAAAGCCAUGAUCACGGUCACAAACACGAUUAUGAUUAUGAUCGUCGGAAGUUUGUUGUCAAUCCUAAUCUCUGGACACAUGCCAUUGGAGCUACCCUGCUCAUAAGUGCUGCUCCAUGUUUCCUUCUGUACUUCAUCCCCAUUCAAGACAACUCUCCCUCAAACGAGAAGUGGCUGAAGGUGCUGCUAGCUUUUGGAUCAGGUGGUCUACUUGGCGACGCCUUUUUGCAUCUGAUUCCUCACGCCUCACCUACGGGACCCGAAGCUGUUUCCCACGCUCAUUCGCACGAAGGAGGUGGUCACAGCCAUUCCCAUGCAGGACUGCGAGUUGGCGGCUGGGUCCUUACUGGUAUUAUUGCGUUUUUGAUAGUCGAGAAGAUAGUGCGGAUUAUCAGAGGAGAGGACGACCAUGGUCAUGGACAUUCUCAUGGACAUUCGCACAAGCACACACCACUCAAAGAGAAGAAGGCCAAGGAAUCCGAUGAAGAGUCGGAUGAUUCGCAGAAAAGCUCGAAAAGUUCUCACGAAAAGAGUCAACUUGUGCCAUCUGAAUCGGAACCCGCUAGAAUCAAAGUCGCCGCAUACCUCAAUCUCGUAGCUGACUUCGCCCAUAAUUUCACUGAUGGUCUAGCCAUUGGAGCCUCAUUUAUUGCCGGAACCACAAUCGGAGUAGUGACCAUGAUCACCGUUCUUGUUCAUGAAGUACCUCAUGAGAUCGGAGAUUUUGCCAUAUUGAUACAGUCGGGUUAUUCCAAGAAGAAGGCCAUGCUUAUUCAACUUGCCACGGCUCUCGGUGCGCUCUCUGGAUGCGUUCUUGCGCUUCAAGUGGCAGAUCCAUCAGCCCUAGCAGACGCAGCCGCUAGCAGUUGGAUUCUUCCAUUCACGGCUGGAGGCUUCAUCUACAUAGCUACAGUCUCAGUAAUCCCAGAACUUCUCGAGAACUCAUCAACCGGGCAGUCCAUAGGAGAGAUCUUGGCUCUUCUUCUUGGUAUUUUCAUGAUGUAUCUAAUCUCGAUUUACGAGUAACCAACUUGUGAUAAGUCUAAUUUCUUAUAGUUGAUUGACUGGUUUUCGUCUUUCUGACUAAUUCUGGCAUCAUUAACUUUCUAAAAGUUUGUUAUCCUGAUGAUUUGUUAUGUUAUAUGCUCUAUCUUUUGUUGUUUUUAUGAUGAGGGGCUCAGUACUGCAUAAUGCAGUGUAGUAUUUAGUGGUUUGCAGCGCAGGGUAAUCAAUAAAGGUGAUGG